GGCGGUCACACUAGACUUUGAGCGUGCGAAAUUUUUUCGGACACCACUGCGAAUAUGAGCGGGAGCAGGAUAUGACAUCACGCACCAUGGUUUCCCCUCAUCACAACAUAGAUUCCGAUGUGCUUGUACUGUGUCUUUUUGCGACGGCGUCGAAAGCGUCUGGAAAAGAGAAGGCUGUGGGUUCACCCUAUUCUACGUACUCGGAAUGAACGGGGUGAAUUCCAUUCUUUAAUUCAGGAGCUUCGGCUGGAUGAGGAUCGCCACAAGGAGUACUUUCGGCUCUGUCCCGCCGAUUUUGAUCGGUUGCUGCGUAUGAUCGCUCCACUGAUUGAGAGGCAGGACACCACACUGCGUCAGGCAAUAGGUCCAGCAGAACGCCUGGCGAUCUGUUUAAGGUUUUUGGCAACUGGUGACUCGUACCACACUAUAUCCAAAAGCUUCAGGGUGGGCAAAUCCACUGUAGUUGGAAUAGUGCCAUCAGUAGCCACAGCCAUUUGGGAGAGUUUGGCAGGAGAGUAUAUGCCAGUGCCUCAGGAAUCAGAUUGGAGGGCGAUUGCUGAGGGGUUCUCCAGUAAAUGGGCUUUUCCACACUGCCUGGGUGACAUUGAUGGGAAGCACAUUACAAUAAAAGCCCCUGCUGAUUCUGGGUCCCUUUAUUAUAACUACAAGGGACAGUUCUCUAUUGUUCUUCUGGCAGUGGUAGAUGGCAACUACCUCUUCAGAGUAGUAGACAUCGGUGCCUUUGGCAAGAGUAGUGAUGGUGGUACGUUGUCUGCCUCUGCUCUUGGAAGAGCUCUCAGACAGAAGACUCAGUCUCCCAGAUGAUGAGCCUCUCCCUAAUGGUGAACACCUUGGUAAGGUACCAUUUGUGUUUGUUGGAGAUGAAGCAUUUCCCCUCCGAAAACAUCUUCUGCGUCCUUACCCAGGAAGAGCAAUCCCUGCUGACCAGAGGAUCUUCAACUUCCGUCUGUCGCAUGCAAGGAGGAUUGUAGAGAAUGUUUGGCAUCAUGGCAGCUCAGUUUCGUGUGUACCACAGAGUGAUGGAGUUGAGCCCAUGUGAUGCAAGAAAAGAUUGUGCAAGCAACCACCAUUCUCCACUAUUUUAACAGAUGGGGUCAUGAGAACUCUCCUUCCACCACUGGUUCUGCACUGAACACAGCUGGAAGGAUGGGAAGCAGCACUGCGUCGCGGGAGGCCCUAGCUGUGAGGGACCAGUAUAGGGAAUACUUCAGCUCCCCGUGUGGUGCAGUUCCUUGGCAGUAU